AUGAAAAUAAAACAAAUUGUGUGGUUGGGACACAAGGGAGAUGGAGAUGGUGUUGCUGCCGGCGAAGUGGUGGUUUGGUUGACGGUGUUUUUGUUUGGGGGGGGGGCGGGUGGCGCGUGGUUGGUGGGAGGGGCUGUUUGGAGUUGGGAGGGUUUGGGAUGUUGGUGGUUUAAGGGUGAUUGGACAUGA